AUGUGUGUAGCGCCAAGCCCAACUGGGCAAUCAACCUGGCCAGGCCUCUUUACAUGCAGCCCCGGCUUGGGCCCUGCACAAGCAAAUAUUUUGAUGAAGACGGCUUAUCUGGCCUUUGUAACCGGAUGUCCCCCAGCCGCAGACAUCACUCCAGGCCUCGUCGAUCUGCCGCCUGUAUCUGGGCCGAUCUUGGCCUCCUCUUUCGCAGACCGGCCAGGCAUUUGCAAAUAA